AUGGCGCCGGCCCGCCACAGACGUCGGUCUGUUGUUUACUUCCGGUCGCCCCGCGGCAACAUCGUGCUGUGAUCGCGCGUGCGCGGGGGCAGUGCGCGUCCACCGCGGCCCACCUGUAGCGACGAAGGUAGACUUCUCUCCUCUUUUUCCCGUGGACAUGAAGCUUCCGGAUUACCUGUGCGCGCGCAUGUGGCGCCCAGUACGCGGCCGGAUCGCGGCGGCGCGAGACGACUGAAGAGUUUUUUUUUGGUUUUUUUCCAUCCACCGGGAGAAACGCGGAGGAUGGAUGGAGAAUAUUUCGCGGUGGCGAGGGAGAGAGACAAGCUGCCACCGAUCUCACAAAGCUCUUCUCCGACCGGACCGCCACGCGGAGCCAAACAUCCGUUGCCAUCUCUCGGGACCCUAAUCGCCACGCUCAACCACAGGAGGGACGCGACGGGGCGAGUGGCGCUUGGCGGCGGCGGCGGCGGCGGCGGAGCGGCGGGCUUCAGGCACGUGCGUGAUCUCCCGCCAAUAUGCGGCAACGUGCGCCACAAGCAGCGAGCGUCCAUCGACACGCUGCCCCCGGAGGCCAAGGCUCCCUUCCCCGCCGACCCCGUCAUCCCGCUUCGCACCAAGACCGCCAAGGACUUCCUGGAGGACACGGAGCGCGCCGUGCUGUCAGGUGACUGGCGGGAAGUCCGGGAGUUUUACCUGACCACCUUCGACUCCUUCAUCGAGCUCAACGCCGCCUUCAAGCGAGAACCCAACGGGUGCUUCAACACCAUCGACGACUCCGGGGUCAACGCCAAGUUUGUCAACGUGGUCUUCGACUCUCUGCUUAGCGCCCCGCAGGACAUCCAGAAGUCGGUGCUUAAGGGCAUCAUCAACAGUCUGCUGCGGAAGUGGAAGGGUCCUCGCACCAAAGAUGACCUGCGUGCUUACUUCAUCCUGGUUCAGAACCCUCAGUACUCCAGCACCAGCACCUACGUGAUCUACGCCCACCUGUUGAGGCAGAUGGCGGCGCUGUCCGAGGCCGACCAUCACUUCCUGGUCCACUGGCUGAAAAAGUUGUCGGCGCGACGUUUCCGUCAGCUGGUAGAGCGCCUCCUGCAGUUCAUCUCCACCCGGCUGUUUCCUGCCGAGCCCGACGACCUCCCGCCGGCGUCCAAGUGCACGUGGUGGAUCCCGUCGGCCACCAAAGUGCUCGCCCUCUUCAACGCGGCCAACAGCGUGGCGUCCCCUCCCAUCAUGCCGUUCACCGACUUCUACAACAUCACCCUGGAGCACAUCGACUUCAUGGAGGAGUAUCGCACCUGGCAGAGCUACGGAAACUCCAACAGGUUCUCCUUCUGCCAGUUCCCCUUCAUCCUGUCCACGGCGGUGAAGAAGGCCAUCAUCCAGAAGGACUCGGAGCAGCAGAUGAUCAGGCAGGCCAGGCAAAGUCUGGUGAGCAAAGUGUCGCGGCGUCAGCGCGUUGACAUGAACCUCCUCUUCCUCAACAUCAAAGUACGACGGGCGCAGCUCCUCGCCGACUCGCUGGACGAGUUGACCAGGAAGCGGUGCGACCUGAAGAAGAAACUGCGAGUGACGUUUGUGGGAGAGGCGGGACUUGACAUGGGCGGUCUGACCAAGGAGUGGUUCCUGCUGCUCGUCAGGCAGAUCUUCCACGCCGACUACGGAAUGUUCACCUACAUGAAGGACUCACACUGUCAUUGGUUCAGCAGCUGGAAGUGUGACAACUACUCAGAGUUCCAGCUCAUUGGGACUCUGAUGGGCUUGGCGGUUUACAACAGCAUCGCUCUGGACAUCCACUUCCCUCUUUACUGUUACAGGAAGCUGCUCACUCCGCCCACCAUACCAUGUGACCAGAAUGCCCUUGUUGGCAUGGCGACCGCCACCUUGGAGGACCUGCAGCAGAUCAUGCCGGAGCUGGCUCACGGCUUAGAGGAGCUGCUCAACUACGACGGGAACGUGGAGGAAGACUUUUAUCUCACAUUCCAGGUGUGUCAGGAGGAAAUGGGCGUGGUCAAAUGGUACAACCUGAAGCCAGGAGGUGACAAAAUACCUGUCAACAAAUACAACAGGAAGGAGUAUGUGCAUCUUUACGUGGACUUCCUGCUCAACAAGUCCAUCUGCAAGCAGUUUGCUGCCUUCUACCACGGCUUCCACAGUGUGUGUGCCUCUGACGCACUCAUGCUGCUGCGUCCGGAGGAGGUGGAGAUGUUGGUGUGUGGAAGUCCUCAGCUGGACAUGAACGCCCUGCAGCGGGCCGCCAUCUACGACGGAUACGGCAAGAACGACGCCACCGUCAGGAGUUUCUGGGAGGUGGUGCUUGCCUUCCCGCUGGAGCUGCAGAAGAAGUUGCUGCACUUUGCCACAGGAAGUGACCGCAUUCCCGUGGGAGGAAUGGCCGACCUAAACUUCAAAAUCUCCAAACUGGAUGCCCCCACCGACUGGCUGCCUGUAUCGCACACGUGCUUCAAUCAGAUCUGCCUGCCGCCGUAUCGCAGCAGGAAGGAGCUGAAGCACAAACUGACCAUCGCCAUCUCCAACGCCGAGGGCUUUGGCCUCCAGUGACCCGCCGCCAUCUUCCUUUGUUUUGCUCCCCCUCGACGCCGCCGCCUUUCUUAAAGGCACAGUACACGUGUAUUUAAAGGAACCCUACGUAACACGAGCCCCUCAACAAGUUAGCAGUGCAGCUAGCGCGCCCCCACUAGUACGCAUGUAAACGCAACCUCGCUACGUGCUAAGGAAGUUAGCAUAUCGUGUCGCCGGCGAGGAGGAAGCCUCGAUUGGGCGACCUUGUCGUGUCGUUUGUAGAAGAAGAAGACAUUGUUUGGUGUAGUCUUUUGAUUGACAGCAGCCUUUUAGCCAAGCGUUAGCUUAGCAUUAGCUUAGCGGGACGGGUGGAGAAAUGACGAGAGCGUGAGAAAAGUUUAGUGCCAAGUGUGUUUCCAUGGUAACACCUGUUGCCCAGGCGCCGUCAGCAAUGUGGGUCAACACACACACACACACACACACACACACACACACACUGGUUAUCAGUUGGAAUGGGGACCAAGUUUUUGAUCAUGAUUUGUGGGGACCACUGGAGACAUAACAAAAAUGGUGUAAAAUGUCCACUGCCCAGUUAGCUCAUACACGUCUUUAAAUCUCUGGAUUGAUGAAGUAAUGUGCUGAUCAUUCUUACUGGGGACCCUGGGGAAAAAGAGUUACCGUAUUUUUCGGAUUAUAAGUCGCUCCGGAGUAUAAGUCGCACCGGUCGAAAAUGCAUAAUAAAGAAGGAAAAAAACAAACAUAUAUAAGUCGCACUAGAGUAUAAGUCGCACUUCUCAGUUUUUAUAAGUUACCGCCAAUGUUGAAAUGAUCAAUUUUCAUCCAAAUCUUUAUCGGUUGACGUGUGUGUGUGUGACGAUUGCUGAUAUACGCCUAGUCCAGGGGUCGGCAACCCAAAAUGUUGAAAGAGCCAUACUGGAGCAAAAAUACAAAAACAAAGCUGUCUUGAGCCGCAAAAAUUUAAAAGCCAUAUUACAUACAGAUAGUGUGUCAUGAGAUACAAAUUGAAUUAAGAUGACUUAAAGGAAACUAAAUGACCUCAAAUAUAGCUACAAAUUAGGCAUAAUGAUGCAAUAUGUACAUAUAGCUAGCCUAAAUAGCAUGUUAGCAUCGAUUAGCUUGCAGUCAUGCAGUGACCAAAUACGUCUGAUUAGCACUCCACACAAGUCAAUAACAUCAACAAAACUCACCUUUGUGCAUUCAUGCACAUCGUUAAAAGUUUGGUGGACAAAAUGAGACAGAAAAAGAAGUGGCAUAAACCAUGUCCGAGAAAGUCAGAGAAAAGUUAUACAUGUAAACAAACUACGGUGAGUUCAAGGACCGCCAAAAUUAGUAGGACAAAACGGCGCUCGCCAAAUACUCGAAUCAAUGAGGCAUGUUUAAUAUAAACAGUGUGCUUUAUAACAAUUAGGGAGGUUUGCGUCAUGUUUGUCCUCCUACGGAAACCAUAUUCAAACAAACAAACAAAAAUUUUCCCCUCAUCUUUUUCCAUUUUUCAUACAUUUUUGAAAAAGCUCCAGAGAGCCACUAGGGCGGCGCUAAAGAGCCGCAUGCGGCUCUAGAGCCGCGGGUUGCCGACCCCUGGCCUAGUCUCUUACGUGAAUGAGAUAAAUAAUAUUAUUUGAUAUUUUAAGGUAAUGUGUUAAUAAUUUCACACAUAAGUCGCUCCAGAGUAUAAAUCGCAACUAUGAAAAAAACUGUGAUUUAUAAUCCGAAAAAUACGGUAAUAUGGUUCAUGGGGACCAAAUUUAAAAGAUUUCGCAUAAUUCACACAAAUUUGUACAUGACUACUGAGGACCAUUUGGAAAAAAAAUUAGAUUAGAUGUUAAACAUGUUUACUUUUCAGUAAACAUGUUUUAAAAAUCACUUAGGCAUCUUCAGAAUGGAUCUGACUAUCAUUUAAAAAGGUUUCCCUUUAGGGGACCUGUUUUUUAGUCCCCAUACCGUCAGAGGUCCCCUAAAGGUGACUGUGUAAACAGACCAAUGUCCCCAUUAAGUAAGCAUUGCCCGAACACACACACACACACACACACACACACACACACACACACACACACACACACACACACACACACAGAGCAAGAGAGGCCAGUGGCUCUCAAAGCUUCUUUUGUCUCAGUCAGUCAGUCGCCAUCCCAGUCCUGAUGACACAAGUGCGUAAACAGGAAGCAGUUGUGUUGUAAUUCAAAUAAUUUAAAAUAAUGAAAUUUUUAAAAAUAAUUUUGCAUAAUUCACACAAAUUUGUACGUGACUACUGAGGACCAUUAAAAAAAAAAAAAAAAGAAGUUCAAAUUAGAUGUUUACUUUUCAGUAAACAUGUUUUAUGGGCCAAAGCUUAAAAAUCACUUAGGCAUCUUCAGAAUGGAUCUGACUAUCAUUUAAAAAGGUUUCCCUUUAGGGGACCUGUUUUUUUGUCCCCAUACCGUCAGAGGUCCCCUAAAGGUGACUGUGUAAACAGAGCCAUGUCCCCAUUAAGUAAGCAUUGCCAGAACACACACACACACA